UGGGGCAGGGGGACUUCCAGAUCGUAGGUAAAUUCCAAGAUUUUCUGAUUGGAAAUUGGUUGAAAGAGUAAAGUUAUGAUCUAAAGACCUGGAAUCAACAGAAAGGCAUGUCUGGUUUAAAAAUAAGAGGUUGUGGCCUUUUACCUCGUUGCACUUCUGAGAGCAAGAUGGGUCACCAGCAGCUGUACUAGAGCCACCAGUGAAUAUUCGGCCAGGGUUUUCAUUCUUGUCACAUCAGCCCAAACCGGCAUGGUCUGAUCUGGAAAUAUGCCCUCAAUACGUGCUGCCAGUGUUUCCGUCAGUACAGGAAAGAUAUCGGUUUCAUUAAGUUGCACUAA